AUGAAACUCUCCUUCUCUCUGCCACCCAAAUCCUCUUCAAAAUCAAACCCUAAACGCAAACCCUCAACCACCGCCGCCACCUUCGACGACGGCAAUGGCAACCCAAACGACGCCGCUUCGAAACACUUCGUCAACGAAUUCGACGCCGCCAAAACCCUAUCCACCGACCCCAAAACCCGCGUAAUCGCUCCGAUCCCGAACGAGUGGCGGCCCCACAAGAAGAUGAAGAAUCUCGAGCUUCCAAUCACCGAGCCCGGAGGCCAAGAACUUAAGUUCGAGGUCGAGACGCUAUCGGUCACCGACGACCCCGAUGCGAAGAUUUCGUACGGUCUCAAUGUGCGGCAGAAAUUGGAUGCGGAAUCGGAGAAUCGGGACGGUGGUGAUGAACGGCCGAGAUUGAGAGGUGUGGAGGACACUCUGCUUCAGAAAUUUAAAGACGACUUGGAGCGCUUGUCGGAUCACAGGGGCUUGGAGGAGUUUGAUGAGAUGCCGGUAGAGGGUUACGGCGAGGCGUUGCUUUCUGGGUACGGGUGGUACCCGGGUAGAGGGAUUGGAAAGAAUGCUAAGGAAGAUGCGAAGGUUGUAGAGUAUACAAGGAGUACUGAUAGGCACGGGUUAGGGUUUCAUAUGAAUCCGAAGGAGAAAGAGAAAAAGCAAGAGAAAGAGAGAAAGAAAGAUGGGGAUUUGGGUAAGGAGGUGAGGAUUGUUUCGGGUAGAGACUAUGUGGGUUUGAGGGGUAGGAUUGUUGAGAAAUUGGGCAAUGGCAAACUGGUAUUGAAGCUCUCGAGUAGGGGCAAAGAGCAAGAGCAAGAGGUAGUGAAAGUGAAUGUGGAUCAAGUUGCUGAAAUGGGUUCGAAAGAAGAAGAGAAGUGCUUGAAGAGAUUGAAGGAAGCCCCAAGGAAAGUGGGUAGUGAUAGUAAGCCAAGACGAGAAGAGCAGAGGGGUUAUUCAACGUGGCUUGCCCGUCACAUUCGAGUUAGGGUUAUAAGCAAGGACUUGAAAGGUGGGAAAUUGUAUUUGAAAAAAGGGGAGGUGAUGGAUGUCGUUGGACCCAAAACUUGUGAUAUAUCUAUGGAUGGGAGUAGGGAGCUUGUGCAGGGGGUAUCCCAGGAUCUUCUUGAGACUGCGCUGCCAAGACGGGGCGGAUCCGUCCUUGUGUUGUCUGGAAAGCACAAGGGGGUCUUUGGCAAUCUUGUUGAGAAGGAUUCAGACCGAGAAACUGGUGUUGUCAGAGAUGCUGAUACCCAUGAAUUGCUCAAUGUGAGUCUUGAGCAGAUUGCUGAGUUUACUGGCGAUCCCAGCGACCUUGGAUAUUGA